AUGGAAAAUUUACGUAGCUUUAAACAAAUUCCAAGUCGCAGCGCCUACUUCAAGAUGGAUACUGUGGAAAAUCCUGCAGACAGGAAGACCAAAAAGCGUAGAGCAAGGCCUAUCAGUACCGAAGGCCAACGACGAAAGGCCAAAAUGCGUCGUCGUAAUGCCGAGGGAGAUGAUUCGUCGAGUAGCUUACCUAAGCGGAGAGGUUCUCGAAAUGUAAAAGAGAAGACUCUUGAACAGCUUUGCGAAGAAUUCAGAAUUGAGGACGUUGAGAUAACUUAUUCAACUGACGAUUUCGAAAAUUGGACUGUUCAAAAACUCUUCAAUCAAUAUGUUGAGCCUCUUAUUGUAGAGAAGAAUCCUGAUGCUCCAAGGGAGCACAUUGUGCAAAUCUUAGAUGCAAAGUGGAAGGAAUUUGCCAUUAUGAAUCCCUAUAUUCCCAAGGGGGAAGAAGAACGUGGGCCCUCAGCUGUAGGCAGAAAAGGUUAG